ACCGCCGGCAGCCGGGACGCCACGUGCGGGCGGGAGGAGAAGCGCCCGGGCUUCAGGGUGCUGCCCCAUUGGAAGAUCACCUUGCAGGCUUCCCUUGCCCUGAGUGGUGAGCAGAUUGGUAUGGUGCCUGGGGAAGCCCCUGAGCCUGCCCAGUGCCUGUGCCCUUUGUUGGCCAGCCCAAAUGCCAAGGAUGUGCUUCGGAGAAAGCAUAAGCGGAAGAGCCGACAGCACCAGCGGUUCAUGGCCCGGAAGGCCUUGCUGCAGGAGCAGGGGCUGCAGAGCACACCCCCCGAGCCAGCAUCCUCCCCACCAUCCAUGCCAUCAGGGGCACCGCCAGGCACUGAAGCUGCCAGCCAUGGGAGGCAGGGUCCAAGGGCUGGAUCUGGAGGUGCCCCAUGCAGCAGAAAGCCCAGCCCCAGAGAAUCCACUGUGCCAAGCAAGUGUGUGGCUAUCGACUGCGAGAUGGUGGGCACGGGACCCCGAGGGCGGGUGAGUGAGCUUGCCCGCUGCUCUGUGGUGAGUUACCAUGGCGACGUCCUCUACGACAAGUACAUCCAGCCCGAGAUGCCCAUCGUGGACUACCGCACUCGUUGGAGCGGCAUCACUCGGAGGCACAUGCACACGGCCAUCCCCUUCCAGGUGGCCCAGAAAGAGAUCCUCAAGCUCCUGAAGGGCAAGGUGGUGGUGGGGCAUGCUCUGCACAACGACUUCAAGGCCCUCAAGUACUUCCACCCUCGGAGCCAGACCCGGGACACCACUUAUGUCCCCAACCUCCUCAGCCAGCCCGGCCUCCACACCCGGACCCGGGUCUCCCUUAAGGACCUGGCCCUGCAGUUGCUGCACAAGAAGAUCCAGGGGGGCCGGCAUGGGCACUCGUCGGUGGAAGACGCCGCGACGGCCAUGGAGCUGUACCGGCUGGUGGAGGUGCAGUGGGAACGGCAGGAGGCCGGCCACCUCUGGACCCACCCCGAGGACAGAGAGCCUGACAGCAGCGCGGACGUGGAGCAGUAUAUGCAGGACCAGUACUGGCCUGAGGACCUGGGCCCGGGCACCAGCGGGGGAGGGGGGACACAGGAUAGGACGGUGUGAGGGAGGAGAGGCUUGUGGGUGGCCUCCGGUGAGGGGAGUGGGGCCAGGAGGGCACUGGGCACCUCACCUGGACAGGGCACGGGGCAGCCAGCUUCCCCAGGUCCGAGGAGUUGGGAUCAUCUGUCCUCUGACCCCCUGUGCCCUUUCCAGGGCUGUUGUCGCCCCACCCCUGUGGUUUUGCUAAUGGCACUUUAUAGACACCGUGGGCUAGCUGCUAGAGCCCCGCAUGAGCAGGGUCUGCGCCAAAGGACUGUCCCAGGCUCGCUCCCCAGCCCGGGAGGAGCGGUGGGCGUCAUCAGCAGGUUCAGAGGAAGCGCCCUGAAGCUCCAGCGUGAAGACCACUCUGGGGCCCUUCCCCGUCCCUCCGGUGGAACUCUGGCCGCACCGUGGGAGGAGCUGGCGCCAGGCUCCGGUGGAACCGCAGGGGGACCUUUAUCCAUGAAGAGCAAGGCCGCCCGGGAGCAGAGUGCAAGUCAGCUGGGGCGCCGGAGCCUCGACUGCUGCCCCUUCGGGCGCUUUGAUUGACAGUCACUGCGGUGGCUGGGUUUUCUCCAAAUCUCCCGUCAGGAUGUCACCCCUUCCCCCUCUUUCCUUGUUUCCUGAGGGGCAGUUUGGGGUACUGGGGUAGUCAAAACCUUAGGUCACACAGACCUUUGAGCUCCAUCAUUGCUUGUCCUUGUCACUGAAUAGCGUUGGGACCUCAGGCAACUGUGUGACUUCACGCUUGAGCCUGUUCCCGGAUCUGUGAAGGGGACAGUGAAGCGCCCUGCCUCGGGCCGCGAGGACGCAGGCCAGCGCGGAGCAGUGUCCGGCACACGGAGCCCUGGGCCACCCCAGCGCUGCUGUCUUGAAGGGCUAGUGUCAGCCUCAGGGUGACGCCCGAACACGCCCCAGCUGAGGGACUUUGCCCCAGCAGAACUACCCGUGCUUGGCUGUUUGAGCAGGUGGGGUAAGGCCAGUGGUGAGGUACUACGUGGAGGUUCAGGGUUCUCUGCUCGCCACCGCUGCGUGACCCAGGUGUCCUGGUCCCUGUGCUGUGUGCUGGCAGUGACUGGUCUCAUGUCGGUCUGAGCGAAGCAGCAGGACCAGGGAGGGAGACACAGACCACACCGCUAGGACCCCACGGCCAUAGAGCACUCACUCAGCCAUCUGUCCCCCAGUCGCAGAGUAGGGAGCUGGCGAAGUCACGGACCACAGCUGGGCGGUAGCUUCUGUUCUGUCUGUGGGUGGAAGGAAGAUGAAGCUGUUACUGGUCCAGGAAUGGGCCGGGCUGCACAUCGGCAUUGUUGCAAAGCUGUUCUGGAAUAAAUCUC